AUGGCCGACGAAAAAGCACCCGAGGUUGACUACACCCUCAACAACCCCGACACCUUGACCAAGUACAAGACCGCGGCGCAGAUUUCUCACAAAGUCCUGGAGGCUGUUGGUGCUCUUUGCUUUGAGGGCGAGAAGAUCGUUGAGAUCUGUCAGAAGGGUGACAAGCUCCUCGACGAGGAAAUCACCAAGGUCUACAAGGGCAAGAAGAUCACCAAGGGUAUCUCUCACCCCACCACUGUCUCCCCCAGCUCUUAUGUCACUCCCUACACCCCUCUCGUCUCCGACGCCGCCGAGGCCGAGAUCGUCCUGAAGGCCGGUGAGGUGGUCAAGAUCCAGCUCGGUGCUCAGAUCGAUGGAUUCGGUACCAUUGUUUGCGACAUGGUCGUUGUCGCCAAGAAGGAUUCUAGUGACGUUAUCACCGGCCGUGAGGCUGACCUCAUUGUCGCUACUCACUACGCCAACGAGGUCCUGCUCCGCCUGAUGGUUCCCCAGGGUCUGCUGGCCCAGGGCACCGAGGAGGAGAAGAAGAAGGCCGCCGCUCAGAAGGCCCCUACCCAGGCUUACAUGUCUUCUCUGCUCGAGAAGAUCGCCAAGACCUACGACUGCAACGUCGUCGAGAACACCACCUCUUGGUUGUUCGGCCGCAACGAGAUUGAGGGUGAGAAGAAGAUCAUUCUCUCCCCCGGCAACGGUGUCCGUGGUGACGGUGUCCCCGAGGUCGGUGAGGUCUGGGGUGUCGAGGUUGGUCUCUCUCUCGGCUCCGGUAAGGUGAAGAACCUUGACCACCGCGCCACUCUCCACCGCCGUACCACCACCACCUACGGCCUCAAGCGCCCCAGCUCCCGCCAGACCCUCUCCGAGGUUGUCAAGAAGUUCGGUACUUUCCCCUUCAGCUUGCGCCAGCUUGAGGACGAGAAGGCCGCCAAGGUCGGUGUUGUUGAGUGUGUCCGUGCCGGUGUCCUGCGCCAGUACGAGCCCGCCGGUGAGACCGACGGCUCUGCCGUCUCUCGCCUGCUGACCACCGUUGCCAUCACCAAGAACGGUCUCACCAAGCUUGCUGCUGCCAACGCCGUUGACCUCGAGAAGGUCAAGUCUGACAAGAAGCUCGAGGAUGAGGAGAUCCUCAAGAUUCUUGAGCAGCCCCUCGCCCGCUCCACUGGAGCCAAGAAGAACAAGAGCAAGAAGAAGACCAAGACCGAGGGUGCCGAGUAA